AUGUUAGUGAUAAGCAGGGCUGUGUCUAGCACCUGUCCCUCUGUCCUGGGAAUUGACAUCGAUGAGUGUGAGUCCAGCCCCUGUCUGUAUAACUCCACCUGCGUGGACGGCAUCAACAGUUAUACCUGCAACUGUUCUACUGGGUACACGGGGGGCAACUGCAGUGUCAACAUCCCCGACUGUGGUGCACAGACCUGUAGUAAUGGUGGCACCUGUAUCGACCUAGUCCCUGGAUUUACAUGCAGCUGUGCUGUGGGGUGGACAGGUCCUACCUGUGCAGAGCAGUAUCAGUACUGUCAGACUGUGCAGUGUAGAAAUGGGGGAACCUGCACCACUCAGAAUGGGAGACACAACUGUACCUGUCCUGAUGGCUUUUACGGGGAGCUGUGUCAGUUUGCUGUGUCUUCGUGCCGACCGAAUCCUUGCCAAAAUGGCGGUAGAUGUACGCCUGGCUCGGGCCGGAAUGGCUACACCUGCCAAUGUCGAGGGCCCUUUGCUGGGACCAACUGUGAGACCGGCCGCCAGUCCUGCGCUGGCAGUGGGACGGUCUGUCUGAAUGGAGGGACGUGUGUGGAUGAUAAUGGUGUUGGCAUGGCUAGGUGCCACUGCACUGACUUUUACUAUGGCAAGACAUGCCACAAAGGGAAGUCUGCUGACUUUGACGUGCUGUUCUCCGGUGCGGAGGCCACCACCAUCGCCCCUCCUGCCGUUCCAGUGCAGAAGGAGUGGACAGCCUGCAGCUGGGUACGCUUGUCCGGACCACAGCAGGAGGGAGCUGGUGCUGCUGUCAUGACUGUGGUGGACUCGGAUGAGAGAACUGGUCGGCCUGGAGUGGCACUCGCACAGUUCACGGAUACAGGAGUAAACUUGCCAGGUGGAACCUACACAUACAACUCCACUAUAGCGGACGGGAAAUGGCACCACCUGUGUGCAGCUCAGGACAAGGAGACCGGCGUGUGGAAGGCCACGCAGAAUGGAAAAACCUUUGCCAGUGGCACUGUCAGUCAGACAUUUGGAAACAGAGUGCAAGUCGUUCUAGGAGACUUCAAUGACACAACGCCGCCCUACCUCCGUGGUGAGAUCACACAAACCAACCUGUGGAACCAAACUCUGACUGACCAAAAGAUUAAAAAUUUGUGGGAGACAAAAGAGAGCUCGGUGGGCACAGCUCUGCCAUGGGUGGCAUUCGAUGAUCCCAGAGUAACAAAAGGCAGCCUCCGAGUGCCCCGACCAUCACUGGGUGGGUCCACAAGCUGUCCACGGGGGCUGACAGGGCCUAUUUGUCAACGUGCCAUUGACAAGACAGCCCCCAGAGUCACUUCCUGUCCUGGUGCAAGUACGGUCAACACUGACACCGUUCUGGCUUCCGGCCUUUCUUGGCCACAGCCAGAAUUCGAUGAGGCAGAUGUAAGGAUUCAAGCUUCUCACAGAGAAAAUCAGACCUUCACAUGGGGAACAUACCCAGUCAGCUACGUGGCCACAGACAGCAGCAACAAUGCAGCCGUGUGCAGCUUCAACCUUCAUGUCACGCCUGGUCGGUGUGAAGAGUUGGCUGCCCCCAGGAAUGGCCGAGCUGACUGCCAGCGCUGGUCUGGAGGUCUGGUCUGUAAUGUGUCCUGUAACACCGGGUACAGCUUCUCACAGCCAACACAGCCCUUCUACACAUGUGGGCCUGAGGGAUUGUAUGAUGUCAACCAGCCGAGUGUGCCAUUCCAAACACCAAACUGUGCAAGAGCAAGGGAGGCAGAAACUGGAAUCCGAUUUGUUCGGCUGAACUUCGACAACGAACCGUGUACACCGGCCAAUCAGAGGAAAGUUUUGUACAAGGUUGCAACCAAGUUGGACGAGUUGCACAGAACCUUUAACGUCUGUGCUCCUUUUGAUGCUUCAUCAGGGCUGAACAACACAUUUUCUAACAUCAGCUGUGAUGUAACCCGCCUGCAUGCUGUUUGUAAGUCGGACGUCGAGGGAAUUUUACAGCAGCAGGGCAUGGAACGCGUCAAGCGUCAGUCUACUACAGGUGUAAGCACGACUGGAAGUCUACCAGUUCAAGGCAACAUGCCAGGCAGGUUCCUACUGGAAUGGCAGCAGCUGUGUCGCCUGUGA